AAUCGAUUUUAUAGAUGACGUAACGGCGGCCUAAAGCCCGCUUUUCAGUAAUAUUUUUGUUUUCUUGUUUCACUUCAUUUUCUUUCUUUUUAGUAACGCAUUCGCUUCUAAAUGGAUAACAACUUUUAACAGUUAUAAAUACAAUUAUAUUACCAACAGUCUCCAAAGUAAGAUAGAAACAACAUUGCCAAAAGAGAAGCCUGGUUUCCACUAGCAAAGUGGAGAAGGCCGGAUGGAGAGGGGAGGUGCUUACGCGACCCUUAAUUACUUCCUUCUAAUACCUUGCCGCUCCCCCUCCGUAUAUUGAUUUACAUAGACUCGCGAAAGAGGCUCCUCCGCCUGCCUACUAGGAUUAUACGCGUAUGCAAUGUGACCAGCAAACUUACACUUAAACAUAAACGGAAGUAAUCGUGCUUCCACGAAUUAGCUAACCAUCACGUGACCAACAGCUAUACAGAGUCAGCAAGAACUGAAAAAUAUCCCUUAAACAAAACUAUUGACCAUACAGAGCCCGCAAGCGCUGAAGAAUAUCCAUUCAAUAAUCUAUAAAGUUGAUCAUGUCCGAUUCGUCACAUGCAAGAUUUCUUGAGGACCAAGUUACAUGUGCCAUCUGCCAUGAGCACUUUAGAGACCCACGACUGUUGCCAUGUGGCCAUACCUACUGUAAGCAGUGCUUGGACGAUCUUUUCAGGGUAUCGCGUAUUGAAGGGCAGAUUACAUGUCCUGAAUGCAGAGAAGUGGUAAAGCUUGGACCGAAUGGAACAGAGCAACUGAGAGUUGAUUUCAAGAUGAAUCAAAUAAUGUCCCACUUAACUAUAUCUUCAUUUGAAAAAGAAGCGAAGGAAUGCGAUUUGCCAUGUGAAAAUUGUGCAAGUAGAGAUCCAUCAAAAGGAAGAUGCCAAAAUUGUUGCAAGUUCAUGUGUGAUUUUUGUUUGGAAGCCCACCGUCGUAUUCUAGACACACGUGAACAUAAAAUUAUGACGCUUGGAGAAUUCAGGGAAACAUUUGGAAGACAUAUCAGUAAACACGAACCAAAGUCACUUAAUGUAAUAGGCAAAGGAGAACAGAAAAAGAUAGAGAUUGAGACAGAGAGCAAUAACAAUUUAAAAAAAUUGAAUGAGAAAAUUUCACUUCUCACAAUAAAUGAACAAAGUUCCCAAAAUCAAAAGAAUACCGAACUUGCAGAAGAGAUAUUGAUGAAUGAUGAUCAAAAUUUCAAGGUUAAAAGUUGCAAUAGUUCCAAUAAAUUCACAAAAGAUAGCAACAUGGUUUGCGUCAACAUUUUGUCGACAUGUAACACUAGUAGCUUGCAGAUAUCAGUAAAUUCGACUGAUCUGGAUGGUGCACGUCANUCCGUAUAG